AUGGACAAGUUCAAAGCGCUAGAGCCCGUCCGGCUGCACUCCUCAGACGGCCGAGCACCCCGCGCGCCCCCGCGCCCGCUCGGCCCGCUCAUCGGCCGGGUGCCGCUGCACGUCCACGCCGCCGUCCUGUCCUACGCCUCGGUGCCCGACAUCCCGUCCUACGCACGCACAUGCCGCGCCCUCGCCCGCCUCGCACACGCAGACGCCCUCUGGUCCGCCCGCUACGCACCCCUAUCGUCCCUCACAGACGCCCUCGACGUCCUCGACACCCGCGCGCGCGGCGAAGAGGCCAACAAGCCGCCCACGCUCGCCGUGUCCGCCAACGACAAUGACGGCUUCGACGACUUUGGCGAUUUCUCGAGCGCGAGCCAGAGUAAUGCGGUGGAUCUGCUGGGCGCGGGGGCGGACGAGAUGGGCGAUUUUGUCGCGCCCUCGUUCUUCGCGCCAGCCCCGACACCGCUGCCCGCCGUCACCACGCCCCUCACCCAGUUCCGCCGCGCGCACCAGCUGCUCAAACCGCUCACGCCCGCCCUGCUCGAGCCUCCGCAUUUAAUACUCGGCCGAUUAUUCUCGGGUCCCGCGCUGGGGCUGCAAGAGCAGGCGCGGGUGCUGCACGCGCUCUUCCUCUACCUCUCGCCCGAUGUCGCCCCGUUGCGGAGGGCGGAGAGUUUAUUGGCCGGGCUACGGGCCGCGGCGGACCGGUUCGACGCCGCGCUGUUGACCGCGUUCGAAGAGGCGGACAGCAGGGACGACGAGGACGCCAUGCGCGCCGCCGCGUCCGCGUCCUGGGAAGUCUGGGCCGCGUCCCGCCCCCCGCUCUCAACCGCGUCCGCCUCGCGCUCGCCCAAUCGCGAUAUCAGCUUCACAGCCACGCUGCAGAGGGACGCGGAGUGGGAGAUGGGGCGGGUGUGGGCGGAGAAGCGCGAGAUAUUUUAUACGGCGGGCGGGAGGUUCAGGCCGGGGGAUAACUUUACGGAGGAGGGCAAGUUGGAUUUCGGGCCGAUGGAUGGGUUUAUGGUGUUUGUUAUUGAGGCGCUCAGGGAGCAUGGGGAGAGGGCUGUUAGGGUGUUUCCGCCCGCGAGUCGAGUGCUCGUUUCGUUCGCGGACAGGUUGGCGAAUGAAGUCGUCGGCGAAUACAUCACACCACUCCUCACACAAGCCCGCGCACUACAAACAUCCGCCCUCUUCCUCCGCGCCACAGCUGCCGCUUUUCGCGAAGCAUGGCGUCUCGUCGACGCGUUGAGAGCCGUAGCGUCCACCGCACCCGAUCCAGACGCGCUCGUCACUCAAGUCCAGGCAGAGGACGUCGUAUACCGCAUGUUCGAGCCCAACAUGGACGAAUACCUCGACGAAGAAGUCGAAACGCUCAAACACGCCUUCGACGCGACCUGCCGCCAAUGGGACAAAGAAGUCGCGCGCGCCUCCGGCUCGCACACCACAGUCCAAACCUACAACAAACGCUCAGUCCUAUCAUCCUUCACCGACGUCCUCCUACUACCCGUCACCAUCGUGCCAAGAACUGUAGGCGGAGCGGCGCAGAGAGUAGGCGGUGCGGCGGUGCAGGGCAUCGCGAUGCUGGAUCCGAGGAGGUGGGGCGCGGACGCGAGCGCGAGCGGUGCGGGCGCGGACGGGGCGGGGUAUAAGGCGCAGGGCGAGGCGGAGCCGGUUGUAUGGGCCAACGAGGACGACGAGGACGAAGAGGACGAGAAGACGCUCGCGCGGAUGAGCAGUGUGACGGGCAGCACGUCCUUCUCGGACCGCGGCUCCGUCGCGUCGUUCAGCACGCUCCAGUCCGCCUCCGGGAGCAACUUCCGCGAGAAAGGCUCGAGCAAGGAGAAGGAUAAAGGGAAGGAGAAGGGCAAGACGUACGAUAAUCUGCAGCUGCUGCUGUCGCUGGACGUAACGCUCGAGCUCAUCCACUCCGCCCGCGACUCGCUCAAACGCGCCGAGACGUUCGUCGGGUACCCCGUGCCCGUCGGCCCGCGCGUGCAGUCGACGGUCGAGGACGUCGCAGCUGAAAUGCUCAUCACGCUCGCGCAACGACACGUCAAGCCCGGGUUCGAGGCGGCGAUAAAGCAGAUGCGGACGUACGAGCCGCCUGCGGUGGGCCCGGCUGGUGUGGAGGGGGUUGAGGCGGAUGGGGAGGGGGUGGGUGAGAAGGGCUGGGGCGAGAAGGGCGAGAAGGUGUCGACGAGCGUGGCGCCGCUUGUGCAGUUCUUUGAGCUGGUGCAUAUUGGGGAUAUGAUUCAGAGUAUUGUGCAGGUUUACUUUGAUAAGGAGCUCGCACCUCAUGUCGAUACGACCGACUUCUUGAACACCGUCGUGCGGGAGAAGAAGCGGUUCGAGAAUGUACUGGACGACAGUGUGGCCCAGGGCUUGAACGCGGGUAUCGAGGUACUCAUGAACCAGGUCGACCACAUUAUCCUCGCCUUAACACCUCCCCGGGCAUACUACCCACCGGAGGACGCACCCUUGCUCCUUGGACCAUCGGCCGGCUGUACAGCUGCGAUACGUUGCCUUGAGAACCACAUCUCGCUUCUAAAGGGCAAUGUGAACCGCGAAGUCCUGGAGGUGUUCGAGACGGAGCUGGGCGUACGACUCAUCGGGAUCCUCCAGAAGCACAUCAAGCGGCAGAUCAUCAGCCUUAGCGGCGGCUUCCAGGUUAUCGCUGACCUCAAUGCUUACCAUGCAUUCAUCGCAUCGCUCAAGAUCCCGUCGCUUACAGCGGAUUUUGCGAACCUGAAGAUGUUGGGGCACGUGUACAUCGUCGAGGAUGCGAAGGACCUCGCGCAGAUCGUGCGCGACGUCACGCGAUACGGCGGUGCGUAUCGCCCUGAGGACAUUUACGAGUUUGUGCAGAGGCGGAGCGACUGGAAGCGGAUAGAGAAGGUCGUGGACAAAACCAUGUACAAUCUGAAUCUCAGGGAGGACUGCGUCAUAUGCUAG